UGCAUCGGGCGCUAGGCUUGUAAAAUCACAUUCUGGCAAUAGUAUGGAGUCAAAUGAGAGACAGCUAGUAGUGUUAAAGUUUGCCGCGAUACUACCGAUGAAUGAUGAUCUAAUGAUGUUAUCAUGUUUCUGAAAGGCACUUACGCACCAAUGGUGCAAUUUUUCUGUUAGCUGUUCUUUAAAAAUCUCUUUAAUUGUAUGAAGUUUCCUUUUCUUGUAUAACAGGUUUACGUGUUGAUGUAUUUUAGGAAUUCUGUUAUCUGCAUUCAUUUUUUGGAAGUUAAAACGAGAAGUAUUUGUGUCUGAAUCUUUAUUUGAUUUGGAGCCACCUGUCUUAAGAUUUUUUUCACCUCUUUUGGUCACUGCGAUCUUCGACCAGUAGCUUUUCUGUUGUUACCAGUUCCUGACCCUCAGUAAUUACACGCUCCAUUGGUGUGAGGUGGCCCAAAUGUGUAUAAAUAUAGGCGAUGAUGUCACUCCUUCCAGACUUUCCAUGUUCCAGCCUCCCCUAUUCAUGUGGGCUACCCUUCUGGAAAGAGCUUCUCUCACUUGCUGUUUUCAAAGUUUGCUUUUGGUUACUGUGAAAUUCCUAUAAGUGUGAAACAGGGACGCAAAAACGUCUCCACUGUUUGUCUGUUGACCAGAGUAGGGCGGUUGUCUGAGCAUUGCUCAAAUGAUCUGUUUUCCGCGUAGAUACCAGAGAACAACUUUUAAACACUUCUUCUAGGCUGGCCUUUGCUAUUUUAUGUAUGUUUAUUGCUCUUGUGGAGAUAAAAGCAGGUUGUUACGCCUCACAGUUAGUCUAUGUGUGUUGAGUGCAGGGGAUGGCUGUUAAAGUUUGUUUUAUGGAAUUUUGGUUUGGUUAUGGCUGCCUGUGAGGUUAAGGUGCGGGUGGCAUCAAAGGCCCUAACUGCCCGUACAUCAUCUACAGCAACCAUACCUCAGUCAUCGGCGAAACCUUCUUUAAAAUCGCUGGUACGUUUCACUUUGGGCCACACAGGAAGCACUAAGUCACUUAAGCAAACUAAGUCUUUGGUCACUUGUAAGUAAACCGAAAAGCCCCAGAAUGUCAUUUAUUGAUUUGAUGUUUUGGAUCAGAGAACAAGGUUAGGAGUCUCACUCAAGGACCCAACUGUGACACGCUUCUUAUGUUGACCAUGGGAUUUGAACCGAUGACCUUCGGGACACAGAUGCAGAGCCCUAACUCACCAAGCCAUGCCUCAGUAGCGAGCCGCUUCAGCGACGCAUCCGAAAGAGCAACAUUACGCCAUUCAUCCCCCUAGCGACAGUGCAAUCUGACAAUACUGUGCAUAUUGAUGAAGUCUGUCAUUAUCUGCAGAGCAGUUGCGGCCGAUGCAGAACGCAUCCUCCUGUGCUCUGUGCUACAGAAAAGGAACAGCUGUGUUUGGAUAGUCACAAAGUGUCACUGAAGAGGCUGCCCGGCCACUGCAGUGAAUCUCCGGUUGAUUUUAAAAUGGCGACAUCCUGGAGCGAUCGACUGCAGAACUGCGCCGACCUUCCCGCUAACAUGGACGGCCUGGCACUGAAGAAGUACCGGCGCGAGGCCUACCACAGAGUGUUUGUAAACAGAAGCUUAGCAAUGGAGAAGAUUAAAUGCUUCGGCUUCGAUAUGGAUUAUACCCUAGCAGUAUACAAAUCCCCAGAAUAUGAGUCUCUUGGCUUUGAUCUGACCGUGGAGCGACUCGUGUCCAUUGGCUACCCUCAGGAGCUCCUCAAUUUUGUCUACGACCCUUCAUUUCCCACCAGGGGUCUUGUGUUUGACACAACGUAUGGAAACCUGCUGAAGGUGGAUGCAUAUGGCAACAUCUUGGUGUGUGCCCACGGCUUUAACUUCAUGCGAGGACCAGAAAUCCGGGAGAUGUACCCGAACAAGUUCAUUCAGCGGGGAGACACAGACCGCUUUUACAUCCUGAACACUCUCUUCAACCUCCCUGAAACGUACCUCUUUGCAUGUCUGGUGGACUUUUUCACCAACUGUGACAGGUACAGCAGUUGUGAAAAAGGCUUCAAGGAUGGCGACCUCUUCAUGUCCUUCAAGAGUAUGUUCCAGGAUGUGCGUGAUGCUGUGGACUGGGUCCAUUUCAAGGGAUCUCUGAAGGAGAAAACGGUAGAAAACUUAGAGAAGUACGUGGUGAAAGAUGCGAAACUCCCCCUUCUCCUCAGCCGGAUGAAUGAAGUGGCCAAGGUUUUCCUCGUCACCAACAGCGACUACAAGUAUACUGACAAAAUUAUGACAUAUCUCUUUGAUUUCCCUCAUGGUCCAAAGGCAGGUACCUCUCACUGCCCUUGGCAGUCUUAUUUCGAUCUCAUCCUGGUUGACGCACGGAAGCCCCUGUUUUUCGGAGAGGGCACAGUGCUCAGACAAGUAGACACGAUGACUGGCCGGUUGAAGAUUGGGACGUACACAGGACCUCUGCAGCAUGGUAUUGUUUAUUCUGGAGGGUCUUCAGACAUUGUGUGUGACCUGCUGGGAGCCAAGGGCAAGGACAUCCUGUACAUCGGAGACCACAUUUUUGGGGACAUCCUCAAGUCCAAGAAGCGCCAGGGCUGGAGAACCUUCCUGGUGAUUCCAGAACUGGCCCAGGAGCUGCACGUCUGGACCGACAAGAGCACUUUGUUCGAGGAGCUGCAGGGCCUGGAUAUAUUCCUGGCAGAGCUAUACAAGAAUUUGGACAGCAGCAGUAAUGAGAGACCGGACAUCAGCUCCUUACAGCGAAGGAUGAAGAGAGUCACCCAUGACAUGGACAUGUGCUAUGGCAUGAUGGGAAGUCUGUUCCGCAGCGGAUCCCGCCAGACGCUCUUCGCCUCCCAGGUGAUGCGCUACGCCGACCUGUACGCCGCCUCCUUCAUCAACCUGCUCUACUACCCCUUCAGCUACCUCUUCCGGGCGGCACACGUCCUGAUGCCCCACGAGUCGACGGUGGAGCACGCCCACGUCGACAUCAACGACCUGGAGUCGCCCAUGGCCACCCGCAAUCGUCGCUCCCUGGACUUCUGGGACACAGAAUGCCGUCGGCACCAGCUGACCAGGUCCAUCAGCGAGAUCCAGCCCCCGCACCUCUUCCCGGAGACCCCCCAGGAGAUCACUCACUGCCACGACGAGGACGAUGAUGAGGAAGAGGAGGAGGAAGAAGAGUAAGCAGCUGAUAUGACCUGGCUUGGACAUCCAGUAUUGUACUGAGGGAAUCCCAGGGGACGGGUUACGGAGAGUCGGAGAGGCAUUUCCUACAUAUCGGAUGCGCCUUAGCUUCCAAAUUUUUCGCUGUGUGCCCUGGAACGUCGUACUGCCACUCAGCUACUCAAGUAUGCACCUGCAUCUGUUAAUUUUAAUUAUUUAUAUAUAUAUAACUUGUUUUGUUUGCAAUAUUCAUAAGAAAAUAACCACAUGAGAAGUCAGACCAAAUUCUGGAGGUCAGGACAGGAAAAGUUAUGCCAAUAUAUUCUUUGUGUGUGUUUUUAUGUGGGUUUGAUUUCCACGUGUAUGUAUAUAUAAAAUACUUCUGCUGCGUAUGCCGUCACAGGGACAGCAGCAAGGCUUAGAGGCCCAGUGUGUUUGGCGUGGCAGUUACACACACGGCCCUCCGAAGAGCCCCCUUGCAGCUACACGCAGCUCGCAAACUGGAAACCACCGUCCAGUUUUUUCCAUCCGCCAGUUGAACUCCACCUGCCUGGUAUUCACUGCUCAGAAGGGGGCAGCACCCAACGCUUUCAUCUGAGGAAGUGUUUACCGUUAGAGGCAGAGGAAAACACCACAGCUCUUGAAAUACAGCACCUGCAACGCAAUAGUGAAAUAUGAAACGUUUUGGAACGCAGGUGAUGCUGUACCCUCUGGGAAGUGGAGUCAGGUGCCGACAGCUCAUUGGCCCAUAGCAUGUCCCGCCCCCCACCUCCUACCCAAAACAUGAUUGGGGCCAACUGUCCUACUGCCCAGUAUCAUGGUUCCCUUUGCUCAAAGCUGUGACGCUUACAAAGCUGGGAGGAGCAUCCAGAUUGCAUGUGUAUAAUUACAUACUGUAGGCAGCUGGGGAGCCCCCCAGCCCCAAGCCCUAAUACCCCCCCAAGCUGCUAGCUCUCUGUUUCUGGCUAUUUUUUUUUCUGCAGCACGGACACAAAGAACAUAUAGUUUAAAUUUUUACUUUUCGUUCACUUUUUACUUUCCACGCAUAUUCCUGAGCUUGGGAGUACACUGUGAAUUUUAGUUUUCCUUAAAGACAAUGAGAAGCAUAUGUCUUGCUUUUGUUCUGGUGUAAUAUUAAAAAAAAAAUUAUUUAAUAA